GAGCGGUCAUUUGGAAUUUGCUUACCCCUUUUUCAGAACACUUACCGCUGUGCCAGACUAGCAGUAGGAGCAACUUUACAGCUGGUAGAUGCUGUGAUGUCAGGAAGAGUGUGCAAUGGAAUGGCAUUAGUAAGACCUCCAGGUCACCACAGCCAGAGAAAUGCAGCUAACGGGUUCUGCUUGUUCAACAACGUUGCUAUUGCAGCAGAGUAUGCAAAAUUGAAAUACGGUCUGCAGAGAAUCCUAAUUGUUGACUGGGAUGUGCACCAUGGGCAAGGAAUUCAGUAUAUAUUUGAAGAGGAUCCAAGUGUUUUGUAUUUUUCCUGGCAUCGCUAUGAACAUCAGGAAUUCUGGCCCUCACUCAAAGAAUCUGAUUAUGAUGCUGUGGGUCUGGGAAAAGGAAAAGGUUUUAACAUAAAUUUGCCUUGGAAUAAGGUUGGGAUGGGUAAUGCAGAUUACCUUGCUGCAUUUUUCCAUGUAUUGCUUCCGAUGGCUUUUGAGUUUAAUCCUGAACUGGUUCUUGUCUCCUCUGGAUAUGAUUCUGGAAUUGGAGACCCUGAAGGUCAGAUGAAUGCCACUCCUGAGGUUUUUGCCCACCUUACCCAUUUCCUGAUGCAGUUAGCUAAUGGCAAGCUGUGCGUCAUCCUAGAGGGUGGAUACCACUUAAAGUCAUUGUCUGAAUCAGUCUGCAUGACUAUAAAAACUUUGCUUGGAGAUCCCAUACCUCAAAUAACUGGAGAAAUGGCACCUUGCCUAAGUGCUGUUGAAUCCAUUCAAAAUGUGAGAGGAGCACAUAAGCCCUACUGGAAAUGGUUGAUGUAUGAAGUGCCUCCCAUCAAAACAGCAACAACUGACUCUAGAGGUUCAGCACAUUCGCUCCCUGUACCUGUUCAUUUGAUGAAGGAAAUGGACAAAACUGAAUUAAAAGCUCUUGUCAGUGGCUUUUACGCAGACCUCGUGACAGAGGACAAAACUUUGCUCUCUCUUGGCAGUAUGUUGGCUGUCCUAGAUAAAAUACUGAAGAAGGAGGUAUGCAAUGGAAUUGCAGAAUCACCCACAGCUGCUGUUUCAGUUGCUGUUGCACUAAGGCAUUCUGUUCGGUUUGGAUUUCAAAGAGUGCUUUGUAUAUUUGUUGGAGACAUGCAAAUCAUACCGAACACAGAAGACGGAAAGAUACUUGUGAUACAUAUUUGCAAGAAAGAACAGCCUGGAAAGAUCAGCUCUAAACACUAUAUUUCUCUGAACUGGAAAGAGGAUGCUGAAGGGAAUGACUUCUUUUCUGCAGUACUUGGACUCAUUCUUCCCAUAGCAUACAGUUACCAACCUAACUUGACAGUAAUAGCUGUUGGACCAAACAGGAGCCUUGGAAUAAGUGGGAUUUCUCUGCUCUUCACUUUACUACAAGGAUUAGCUGAGUCUCGAAUGCUUGCAGUGGUUGAGGACGGAGAGAUAAAUUUAAUGGAAAGUGUAGCCAAAGCAUUAGUGGGUGCUUCUACACCUCACUUUGGAGUCUUUGUACCUCCUACCCAAGAAAAAGUAAAUAAAAUAAAAAGAUUAAGAGACCAGUUUCGGCAGGAAUGGAAAAUGCUUCAGUGUUCCGUGAAGGAUGGGGUUUCAAGAAAUUGA